AUGGAAGAUGUUGUUACUGCUACACCGCCACCACCAGCAACAGCGACAACGACUACAACAGCAACAAAUCCAGCCACAACUCAUACAACAGCAACCUCAACGACCGCUCCUGCACCACCACCACCGGCAAAGAAAAGUUCCACCACAUUGUCGGUGGAUAGAGCGGCGUUUUUAUUAUUGCGCGUUAAAAAGGCUUUUAAGAGGAAACGACAGCAUCGCAAAGAAAAACAAGCUCAAGCAUUAAAUGCAUCAAUCAACAAUCAAGCUGGUCGCACAAACCGUGGAAAAGUACCACCGCCUUUGUUACGUUCCCGCACACUUCCUGCAAUAAUAGUUCCUGGUAUACCAGUGGUAUCGCUGCACACCGAUAAAUCACCAUUUCAAUGGGCCACAUCCUCAGCAACAAAAUCUUCCGCCAGCAGUGGCAGCGGCAAUCGUUGGUCUAUUUUAACGCGCAACACAACGACGACAACACCAACUACACACCAACCUAAUGCCUGGAACAACAAUAAUAACAACAGUUUCAAUAACAACAACAAUACGCUGAGUAUAAAAUCACUAAAUCUGCCCAAAGAUGAUGGAACAGUGGUGUAUCGUAGGAAAUCGUCGGGCAGUACCCCCCACAGCAAUGCAACGACACAGACUCAGUCAGGAUGUCUUAGCGGUACUCCGGAUGCUAAUAUGCCCUCCUAUACGGGCACCAUGAACAUCAGCACAGACGAUUUUGAAUGUUAUGCCGCAGAUGGUUCAGUGCUGUUGAGAAUACCCGCACCGCAUGUUGUGGCUGCACGUGCCUAUCGUUUGGCGUCAAAGAAACGCACAGCAUCAAUAUUUAGCAAUACUGGUAGUGGAGGCGGCAGUGGUGGCUCAUCGACCUCAACCUCAGAUAAUAAUACACGUUGUUCCGGUGAUAAUACACCCACUUUAGAUGGUGGCUGUCAAAUUCCUGGCUUCAGUGUAUGCGCCAGUGGCAGUAGCAGUGGUGCUGGCUACACUGAUGCCAAUAAUCUUAACAGUCAUACAACAUCCGGUUUCUCAACAACAUCGACAGCUGGAGGAGGAGGAGCAUUAUCAUCGUCAUCAACAACAACAUCCUCAAAUGCCUCAACGAAUACGGCAUUAACACGACGUUUGGCUAAAUUACUACAUCAAUCAAGCAGUAGUGUCUUAUCAAAGUCACAACAUCAUCAUCAUCAGCAGCAUCACCAGCAUUAUACACAAUAUGAUGCAAAUAUGAUUAAUACAACGACAACAUCAGCAUUAACCGCCCCCCAGCCAUGCGGUGAAGAUGCUCCACGUCGUCUCUCUUGGGAAAGACGCAAAGACAGCAGUGCUUUACAACGUUCGGCCAGUAUUGAUUCGUUUGCGGAAAUUGUUUGGAGUGAUUCACCCCGACCUUCAUUAGACAUACCAAGACCUGCGGUAGCUCCUUUCAGCAAACGUCCAUCGGCCAGUAGUCUAUUCAGCAAUUGCAGCACUUCAUCGCAAAGUACCCAGUUGAAUAUCAAUGAAUUGUACGUAACUGGUGGCGUAGUGGCUGGUGGUGCUGGAGCUGGUGUUGGCAUAGGGGGUCUAACCACGGCAGUGGGUGGCACACAGACAACUUGUGGUGGCAUCACAACAACGGGCAAUAGUCGACGUGAAAGUCUAUUGAGUCCAUCGUCGACAAGACGUAAUAAGCUGACAAGAAUUAUAAAUGAUUUACGUAAAUAA